GAAAAGUCAAAAGACAAUGUUUAGCAAAAGCCAAAAGCCAACGGCGAAUAAGCCACUUCCAUUAUCUCCGUCUUUUACGACUCUAGCAGAAACAUUUGUGUAUAUUUGAUCUUUGAUUUUUUCUCUCCACUCUAUCUCAUGGCAUCUUUUUCUUCUUCACCUCGCACCUGGAGAUACCGCGUCUUUGCGAGCUUCCACGGAGCAGACGUUCGUAAAACAUUUCUGAGCCAUUUAAGAAAACAGUUUAACUAUAAUGGGAUUACAAUGUUCGAUGAUCAAGGGAUCGAGAAAAGCCAAACAAUCGCACCUGCUCUCACACAAGCGAUUAGGGAGUCAAGGAUCUCAAUCGUCUUGCUAUCAAAGAACUAUGCUUCUUCGAGAUGGUGUUUGGAUGAGUUGUUGGAGAUUAUCAAGUGCAGGGAAGCUAUGGGACAAAUAGUCAUGACGGUCUUCUACGGAGUCGAUCCAUCUGAUGUGCGGAAACAGACUAGAGAGUUUGGGAGGGCUUUCAGUGAAACAUGUUCUCGAGCAACAAAAGAGAAGAGGCGAGCAUGGAGUCAAGCUUUGAACGAUGUUGGAAACAUAGCGGGGGAACACUUUCAAAACUGGGACAAUGAGUCAAAGAUGAUUGAAAAGAUUUCUAGAGAUAUUUCAAACAAGCUAAACACUACAAUCUCUAGGGACUUUGAAGACAUGGUGGGACUUGAUGCACAUCUGGAGAAAAUGAAAUAUUAUUUAGAUUUGGAUAAGGAGGAUGAAGCUAAGAUAGUUGGAAUUUGUGGCCCUGCAGGCAUUGGUAAAACUACCAUUGCUAGAGCUUUACAUAGCCUACUCUCUAGCAGUUUCCAGCUGAGUUGUUUCGUGGAGAAUCUUAGGGGAAGCUAUAAUAGUGGUCUUGACGAAUAUGGUUUGAAGCUGCGUUUACAAGAGCAACUUCUUUCAAAGAUCUUAGACCAAAAUGGUAUGAGGAUAUACCAUUUAGGUGCAAUACAAGAAAGGCUUUGCGACCAAAAGGUGCUUAUCAUUCUUGAUGAUGUGAAUGAUCUAAAGCAAUUGGAGGCUUUGGCUAACGAAACAAGUUGGUUUGGUCCUGGAAGUAGGAUCAUAGUAACCACCGAAGAUCAAGAUAUUUUGGAGCGACAUGGUAUUAAAACUACUUACCAUGUGGGUUUUCCAUGUAGAGAAGAUGCUCUUGAGAUUUUUUACACAUACGCUUUUAGAAAAUUCCAACCACCUGAUGCUUUCAAAAAGCUUGCAGAAAGAGUAACAAAGAGUUUUGAUAACCUUCCAUUGGGUCUCCGUGUUGUGGGGUCAGCUUUACGUGGGAAAGAGGAGGAUGAGUGGGAAGCUCUACUGGACAGGCUAGAAACUAGUCUCGAUCGAGAUAUCGAGGGAGUACUCAGAUUUGGGUAUGAUAGCUUACACGAGGACGAACAAGCUCUGUUUCUCCACAUUGCGGUCUUUUUCAACUACAAGAAAGAUGAUGAUGUGAUGGCAAUGCUCGCUGACAGUAACUUGAAUGUCAAACGAGGAUUGAAAAUUCUAGCUGACAAAUCACUCAUUUAUAAAUCUACCCUCGGGGAAAUAGUAAUGCACAAGUUACUUCAACAAGUGGGUAGACAAGCUAUUCAAAGACAAGAGCCUUGGAAACGACGCAUCUUAAUAGAUGCUCAGGAGAUUUGUUAUGUCCUUGAGAAUGAUGAUACAGAUAAUAGAGCUGCUUUAGGUAUAUCGUUGGAUAUGUCUGGUAUCAACAACGUUGUCAUAAAUGAGAGAGCUCUGAAGAGAAUGCGUAACCUUCGCUUCUUACAUGUCUACAAGACAAGGUAUGUUGAAAAUGAUCGAGUGGAAAUACCUGAGGAGUUGGAGUUUCCACCUCAACUAAGGUUACUACACUGGGAGGCAUACCCAAGGAAUGCCCUUCCUCGCACAUUUCAUCCGGAAUAUCUUGUCGAACUCAAUUUGCAGGAGAGCAAUCUUGAAAAGCUUUGGCAAGGAACCCAGCCACUUGCAAAUCUCAAGAAAAUGGUUUUGAGAAGAUCCUAUCGUUUGAAGGAACUACCAGAUCUUUCAAAUGCUACAAAUAUUGAGAAAUUGAACCUGAGUUUCUGCGAGAGUUUGGUAGAGAUUCCUUCCUCCGUGUCGGAACUUCAGAAACUACAGACUCUAAAUGUGUACAGCUGCGCAAAACUAGAAGUUGUUCCAACUCUAAUCAACUUGGCAUCUCUUGAACACGUCGAUAUGCUUGGAUGCUCACAAUUAAGGAGCUUACCUGAAAUUUCUACGCACGUCUCACGUAUCAGAAUAGAUGAUACACUGGUAGAGGAAGUCCCUGCAUCAUUUAUGCGUUGCACUCGUCUUCAGACACUCUUUAUAGGGGGCAGUGGAAACUUUAAGACAUUAACACAUCUCCCGGAGUGUGAGAUUCUAAACCUAUGUUUUAUGGGUAUUGAGAAGAUUCCAGAUUGCAUCAAAGAUCUUCAUGGGCUAUUAUACCUAUAUGUAGGGGGCUGCAGUAAACUAAAAUGUCUGCCACAGCUUCCUGUUUCGCUGAGGCAUUUAAAUGCAUGUGACUGCGAGUCACUGGAGAGCGUGUCAUGCACGUCGUUUGACCCAUCAAUAUUAGAUCUGAACCUCAAUUUCAUCAAUUGCCUCAAACUGAACCAACAAACACGAGGAGAAAUUAUCCAACUAACUUCCGGGGAGAGAAUCUUACCCGGAAGAGAAGUGCCAGCAGAGUUCUGUCACCAAGCUACAGGACAUUUCUUGACCAUUCGUCGCGACGGUGAUAAUCCUUUCUCCGAGUCCUUAAGAUUUAAAGCUUGCAUUGUGAUUUCCCCUAGAAGGUCGACAGAGGGAACACCUAUCGCUUUAUCGUGUACUCUCAUAGGCAAAAACGGUGGCUUCGCUAAAAAAAAUUGGAAGUACCUUUGCUUACCUGAUAAGUCCCCCGGAUUACAAUCGGAACAUCUGUGUUUAUUUUACCAAGAGAGAUGUAUUGAAUUGAGCAGUGAGAUAUUGUUCGAAUUCAGCUGCACGCCCUCCGAAGACUACGAGAUUGUUAAAUGCGGUGUUCGAAUCGACUCAGACGACAUUGAUGAAAGCGAUGAAGGAAAGUAUAUAGACGAGAUUGUUCAAUGCGGUGAUGGAAUCUAUACAAACGAGAUCGAACAAGUACAGAACGACUCGGAUUAUUUAUCAGAAGAGGUUAACGUCGAAGUUAAUAAACAUGGAGGUUGUUGGAGUUGGCUGUGUAAAAUAGCACUUACAGGCUCAUCAUGUCUCUUUUAAUAACUCCCUCUCCUAAGCUUUGUGUACAUUGACAAAUCUCUAUUUAUUAUUUAACAAUAUAACUGUGUUUUUUUUUUA